CCACAGCCUACACAGCCCUCCCAGAAAAAAAAAGUAAAGAAAAAGCAACAGGAAAGUCGAUUGGUAGUCUUUCUUGGCCGGUACUGGGUUUCACCGUUGUACCGAGCGGAAUUAAAUUGUUUCCCGACUCCGAUCAGAACCAAACUGUUCCAAACGGAAGGCGAGUGCUCUAGUUGGAAAGAUUUUCGAAGGGAAAACCCACCCAGAAGCCAAAUUCUGGAAGAGGCGGGGGUGGAGCCAUAG